AUGGGAAACACGGCAGGUUGUGCUACCACCCACAAUGUUGAAAAAAGAUCAUUACAUGAAGAGGAUAAUGUUUCCACUCCGAUGGCUUUAAAACCGAGCAAGUUUCAACAAGCAGCUCAAAAUAACGAUCCUACGAGCCAAACUCAUAAUUCCACUCUCUCGAAUGAAGACUCUACCAUUGUCAAUAUUCCAAAAGGAAAAUCCCUCCGAUACGUUUCACUAGAAAGAACACCCAAAGAUACUCUUGAAUCUCAACAUGUGUUAUUGAAAGCCCUUGCUCAAAAUAAUAUGAACGAUAUGAUCGCCUUCAAUACUCAACAAGUACUCGAUCGAGAAUAUCUCAUUUGUGUCUAUCCAAAUCUAGACAAAAACAUUCUAGUGUAUAUAUUAACGGAUGGAAUGGACAAGUUAUACUACCACAUUCGAGAUAUUGAAAGUGUCAUUCGAGACAAGAACUCAUUAUUCUCUGGUGAGCCUUCCGAAUCGGUUCAUUUCUAUGUCUUGUACCUUAAUAGUGUUCAACAUUGUAUAAGAACGAUGGAUUUAUUCUUUGAGCCACAAGAACGAGAUACAAUUCUUCUAAGCAAACGAUUAUUACCUGACAUUUCAUCUUCACAUUCCCAAGUGACCAUUAGUAUUCCAUUGUAUCCUCUCUACUACAAUGUCGAUGUGAAUAUUCGAGAUGUGUUCAUGCUCAUUACUAAACAUUCAAAAAUGAUGAUGAAGAAACAAUCAAGUGCUAAACAUGUGGAAACAAAGAGACAAGAAAGUCUCACACUUCUUCAUGACUUUAAAAAACAAACGAGUACCAAAUCCAUCAAUGAUGAAAAAGCUCAUACCGUUGCCAUCCAUUCCAAGGAUCCUACUCGAUUAUCUCUUGAUUUAGUCAAUGUCAUGUCUGCACCUGGAUCUCUUCAUUCCUCUCCUGCAUCCACUCCUCGUACAGGAGUAUCACAUCAUGCUCAAAUAUCAGAAUUGGUGAACGAAUUGAGAAAUCAUCAAAAUGAAGAAGUGAGAAAUCUCAUUGCUCGACUUGAAUCUCUCUUAACCGAAUCGAUGAAUCGACCAACCACUGAUUCAUUAGCAGAAGUAUUGGUCAGUAAGGCUUCUGUGCAUUCCAUGAAUGUGAGAGAGAGUGUAAAGGAUUUGAUUGUGAGUGAUGAUCAAGAAACUAGAAAAUGGCUUUCCGAUGAAGUGUUGAAAGGAACCACACUCCUUGAAGAUUCUUCAGAUUACUCUUGGAAGAAGAAAGUCAAAGCAUUUACAAAAGCAAUUGUAUUUACAAAUCGAUUGAGAGAAAUGGGAUCAGUUGCAACUAGGAAAUCCAAUUUAAGUAUUUCAUUGGAUUUAUCUUCUGUUACUACUCAAAAAGAAGAUUUAAUUGAACUACCUUUUGAUAUUUUAGAAUAUUUGAAAGUACAUGCUUUGAGUUAUUACAGUUUUGAUGUUUUUAAAUUUGAAAAGAUUGCAAAAGGAGAACCACUGUAUUAUUUAUGUUUAUAUUUAUUUCAAACCUAUGACUUGGCCAAUAAUUUAAAUAUUCCAGUCAAAACGAUUAAGGCUUUUCUCAAAGAUGUUGAAUCCCAAUAUAGGAAUAAUCCUUACCACAACAAUUGUCAUGCCACAGAUGUUGUUCAAUCUGCGUUUAGUCUUUACCACAGUUUAUUUGCUGAGAAAUCUGUAGAAGUGGGUCAAUCUCAACAACAAGUACCACCAACUCCAUCUUCAAACACUUCUCAAAAUAUCUUACAGAGUAUCCAAUCUACUACAAACACCACCUCUCAACUCUAUUUUCAUUUAAAUCCAUUAGAUAUUCUAGCAUUACUGGUUGCAUGUUUAGCUCAUGAUGUCUGUCAUCCUGGAGUGACCAAUUUAUUUGAAAAGAAAACAAGAAGUGAAAGAGCAAUCAUGUUUAAUGAUCGAUCCAUUUUAGAAAACUUUCACUGCUACUCUCUCUUUAAAAUAUUAUCCAAAGAAGAAACAAAUUUAUUUGUAAAUAUGAAUAAUCAUCAAUUUGAAUAUCUCAGAGAAUUAAUUGUUGAAAUGAUACUUGCAACUGAUAUUAGUCAACACUUUUUAAUCGUUGGUCAAAUGAAAUCCAAUGAUAUAUUCAAUCAUGAAAAAUUCACCAUUGAAAGGAAAGAAUGUUUAUUAGCAUUACUCAAAGUAUUGAUCAAAUGUGCAGAUGUGAGUAAUCCAACCAAGCGAUUUCCAGUGUAUGGACAAUGGUUAGAUCGAAUUAUGAAUGAAUUUUAUAAUCAAGGUGAUCGAGAACGAGAAUUGAACAUUGAUAUUUCACCAUUUAUGGAUAGAAAUAAUCAAAAUGUUCCAAAAUGUCAAACUGGAUUUAUGGAAUUCAUUGUCAUGCCUCUCUUUUCUCUAUUAUUUGAUUUUAAACCUGAAGAUUCCAAAUACAUUCGAGAACAAACUGAAUUUAAUUACAAAAGUAUGCAAGAAAUGUGUAAGAAUGGUCAAAUGUUACGAUUGGAUGAAAUUCUUGAAGUCAUGAAACAAACAACUUUGGAUGGAACUUUGUCUCAACACAUUCAUCCAGUGGUCGUUGUGAAAACAUCUCCAAGACCCUCGAGUCAACCUUCAUCAUCAAGAAGAAAAGAGUUGAGUGAAGCUUGUCAGGUUACAAGCUCUCAUUCUCCGAAUGUUGCAUCCAACGAUGGUACGAUGCCAACCACCACCUCUCACAAUUCACAAGUAACAACAAUUAAUGAUGCCAAUUUGCAUGAACACAAUGGACAACUUCAACUACCACUCUCUGAAUCGGGUACCUCGAAAUCCAUUAGUAGUGGUAGUGGCAGUAGUGGUAUCAUUACUCCCUCAAGUACGAGUGGUGGUGCUGCUGCUUUGACACUUUCAUCGACGACACCAACAACAAGUGCAGCAGCUUUGAGUAGUAGUACUGGUACCUCCACACGAUCCAUGGAUUUGGGAACCAAAAACGAUCAAAACUAUGAAGAUGAAGCACCUCUAGUGGCGCAGUCGAUUCAAGAGGAUGGUACCAUACCGUUACUGAUACAAGAUGUGUCAAGACGAAUUCAUCGAGAGAAUUUGAUCGAUGAUGAUGAAAUGGUUGAAACAGACGAAGUGUUGAACCAAGUAUCAUCGAUUCAACUUAAAUCUAUUACUACUCUUCCCAAUGAAGACGAGUAUCCAUGUCAUGAAAGUUUUGAUGAUCAAACGUAA